AUGGCACCUACUAUUCUCAUUGCCGGUGCAACCGGUAACACCGGACGCCGCCUCACGGAGAUUUUGCCAGGAUUGCUGAAAGCCAACAACGCUCUAUGCGACCACCGAAUCAUUGCCCUCACUCGCUCAUUAACCAGCCCCGCUGCCCAGGAUCUUGCCAAGCUGCCCGGUGUGGAAGUUAUCGAGCAGAACUGGGUUGAUAUCACCUCCGACUGGCUCCAGGAGCAACAAGUCGUCAGAGCAUUCAUGGCAUCGCACAACGAGCCCAAUCAAUUCGCCGAAGAAUCCGAAUUCUACAUCAACGCCCUCAAUGCCGGUGUCAAGUACGUCGUGCGAAUCUCAACCACCGCUGCCAAUGUUCGCCCGGACUGCAAGGCCUACUAUCCUCGUUCACACUGGGCUAUCGAAAGUCUUCUGGGUCAGCCGGAAUUCGCCGGCUUGCACUGGACUUCACUGCAAUCCAAUGUAUUUGCGAGCUUCUGGCUCUCUUCUGCAGUGCAGUUGAUUCAAGAAUACCGUCAGACUGGGAAGCAGGGUCCUCUUCGAUUAAUGGCAGCAAAGGAUGCGCCCGUUGGCGUGAUUGAUAGCUCGGAAGUUGGAGUCUUUGCUGCUCAUCUUCUGGCGCAGAGUGAUACCACUGUGUAUAACAAGGCCAAAUACGUUCUCAAUGGUCCUGAGGAUAUCACCGGGAAGCAGAUUGUUGAUCUGGUUGAGCAGUACAUUGGUACCAAAGUUGACGAAGUCAUCUACCAAGACACCACUGCCAUUGACUUGCUAUGGGAAUACAAGUACAAGGCAGCUGGUCAAUCGAAGAAUGUGAUCAUGACUACCAAAUACGCAUUGGAUACCGCAUGGGCAGGAAAAUGCACAACCUCUACAACCAGCAAGGAAGUUCUACAGAUCGCAGCCCCCAAGUCUCGCCCUGCCGAUGUGCUGAGGGAUCUUUUGGGCGAGACAAAUUAG